CUUUUAAAGCUGGACUUUCAUAUUUGCGUUUUGUAAUGUUUGGAAAAUUUUCUCGAUAUUUUCUAUGUGUUCUUCUUCAGUUUCGUCUACAUACACGAAACUUAUCUUUCCAAUAUGUUGGCGUAAAAUGUCAUCUAGUGUUCUCUGAAAAAUUGCAGGUGCAUUCUUUAAACCAAAGGGUAGUCUUGUGAACUCAUAUUUCCGUUAUUAACAGAAAAUGCUGUUUUUUCAAUAUCUUGUUGUCUUAAUGGGAUUUGAUGGAAACCGUUUUUGAGAUCUGCAUCAAUAUAUCAGAUAUUUCAGGUAUAUGAUAUCUAUCUGCUAUAGUUAUCUGAUUAAAUUUUCUAUAAUCUACUUUGUUUUAAACUGUCUUUCCCUAAUGUGGCAUAAAAAGAUUUGAGUGUUGGAAGUACAAAAAAUUUUAUUGGAAUUUCAUUAUUUCCAAAUAGAUUUGGUGGGUAACUUUGAUAGGACCUCCUAUCGAAUUAGCAUAAAAUUCGUUUUCAUUUUUGAUAAUGUUGUUUGAUAGGUUUGGUUGAAUGUAGUUUUUAUUUGAACCUGUAUCUAAAAGAAUUUUGAGAAAUUUUCUAUCGUUAGUCCUACAACUAAUAUAGGGUAACGAGGAUUGCGUUAGCCUAAAAAUUAAUAUCUGUAAAAAUUUCUUCAGAAUUUUGCAAGUUUUCUUGAUAUUCUGGGAAACUAUUAAUAUAUUCCUGUAAGGCUUGAUCUUGAUUUAGAUCAUCUGCUAUUUCAUGUUUUGCCACGGCGUGGAAAUCUCUUUGCAUUGUGUUUAAUUUAGAUUGGUAAUUAUUUGUUUGUAACGUUAACAAUGGGUUAACGCAUAAUUAAUUUGUAAAUGAUUAACCUCGUUUAGAUCUGUCAACAUAAAUGUAAACAGAUUUCAACGAGUGGCGAAUGGCGCCAAAGCCUUCACCUUCCUUCAUGUUUUGAUCGUUGGUUUACACUCGUUCCUUCUAUCGCUCGAUACGAAGUCGCGCUCCCCCGCUAUUGUGCAAAUCAGGUAAUCUGUCUUACCAAUUAUUAUUAUUUAUUAUUAUUAAUAAAUACGGCCUUUGCCAUAAUUCUUAAAACUAAAACCCCCCUAUUGUGUUUUUAUUCUAUUUUGUUUGGUUGAGCUUUGCAUCUUUCCCCGCAUUGGCGCAAACAUUGGUCCAUUCGUACCGGAUUACGAACGAGCUGUUGGUAAAAGAAGUAAUCGUUUUCUUCUUUUUUUCUAAUUGCAAAGCAUAUCAUCAUCAUCACCAUCUAUACAGUCCACCACAUCAUCUCCUUAACAUCAUCAUCGUGUUUCUAUCAAAAACAAUCAGUAUGUCGGUGAAAAUCUAUUCGGAAGAAGAACUUUUGAAUGUUGAUGACGGUUUUGAUUAUAAUGAACCUCGGCCCACCGAUCCCCAAGCUGGAAUGUCGUCAGCUGCAGUGGAAGCAGCCCUUGUUGAGCCGAUCGCGGCUGUAAAAAUCUCAGAACGUGGGUCCGAAUCCGAUAAAGCAGAUUCAUCUGCGGCCCUCGCUGAACCGAUGCAAACCGAGUCCGAAUCCAUAGCAACGGAUUCAUCUGCGGCUCCGGUUCUUGAUUCACCCCCCAAAAAUGAUACAUUACAAACCGAGUCCGGAUCUUCGGGUCCAUCUGCGGCUCCGGUUGCCACACCUCAUUUGGAGGAGUCGGAAAAGAAUUUAAGGUCCGAAACCCAUAAGGUUUCAUCUGCGGCCUCACAUAAAUGUCGACUUUGUGAUCGCAUGCACCCGCUGGAUAGAUGUAGUGACUUCCGGGUUAUGAAUGUUGACAUGCGACGUCGCAUUGUCCUAAAAUACAAUGACUGCAUACGGUGUUUAUCUAAAUCCCACCAAGCUAGGGACUGCCGAAGCAAAAGAAAAUGUGCCGUAUGCAAUGAAGAACACCACACCCUCCUUCAUGAAGACACGAAGACCGUGGUUAAACCCACUAAUAAUCGUCAGCGUCGUCCGCGGACCGAGUAUAGGUAUCGGUCACGUAACAGUCCGUAUAGUCGUCCGUCUGAUAACGCUCCCCCCUCGCAGAUAGGAUUGGUCGGCUUGUUGUCCCUCCAAACAGGUAUCUGCCUAUCCCCGACUUUGAUAGUCAAAAUUAUGUCGUCCGAUCGACCCACUAUUGUGAGGGCGGUUUUGGACCCGUGUAGUAGGCAGAGUCAGAUAUGUUCCUCUUUGGUGCAUAAUCUUCGACUCCCUACUUCUAGAAUCGAAGGUAGCCAAACAUGUCGGCUGACCGUUAGUUCGAUCUAUGACCGGAGUCAGUCCAUUUCAAUUGUGGCUGUGGUAACCAAUUUGGACCAUGCGCUUACGCCUACAGCGGUAAUCCCCGAGCGCAUUCGUGACUCAUUUUUAGGUCUUCCUUUGGCAGAUCCCGAUUUAAUAGGCCUGGUCGGGUGGCCUUGGUACUCGGGCCGGAAGUUUAUGCCAGGGUCGUAACUCAUCGGGUGCAAGCGACGCCAGGGUUGCCGAUAGCCCACUACACCAUAUUUGGGUGGGUAUUGUCGGGCAUAUGUAACAUAUAGUGUUACACAAUGUUUUUUGAAAAAAAAUUAAAUGAAUUGAGAAAUAAAAGAAAAAAAAUUGAAUUAAAUUGAAAUUGAAUAAAAAAAAAGUUGAAAAAAUGUAUUUAUUAUUGUAUUUUAGUUACAACAUCUCAAUAUGUUGCAAGGUGGGCGGCAUGUUUAAUUUAGAUUGGUAAUUAUUUGUUUGUAACGUUAACAAUGGGUUAACGCAUAAUUAAUUUGUAAAUGAUUAACCUCGUUUAGAUCUGUCAACAUAAAUGUAAACAGAUUUCAACGAGUGGCGAAUGGCGCCAAAGCCUUCACCUUCCUUCAUGUUUUGAUCGUUGGUUUACACUCGUUCCUUCUAUCGCUCGAUACGAAGUCGCGCU